CAAUGGCGACCACCAUGCGCCUGUGCAAUGGCCUUUUUCUACGCACUUUGUAGCUGUGUCUUGUUGAUGGAAAUUUCCGUUCAUAAUAGUUUCUGAAUUAUAAGUCAUAUAUUCACUCGUUUCCGUCAUUGCCAAACGGAAUUAUAGAAUUGUUACAGCAAAUAUCGAACUGUCAAGAGCACUGGACGUCUUUCCCUUGUGCUAUUUUUUUGAAGUUGAUCAACUUUUGAAGUUAUUAUUUUUCGUUGAUAUGGAGUUCCACGGUGGUGGGUCUGGUGGGGUCGUGGUCAGUGGCAGUAACGUACCUGCAUUUCUUACGAAACUUUGGACUCUUAUUGAGGAUCCGGACACGGAUCCUCUGAUCUGCUGGAGCCCAAAUGGCAACAGCUUCCAUGUGUUUGAUCAGGGCCAAUUCUCCAAGGACGUGCUUCCCAAGUAUUUCAAACACAAUAACAUGACCAGCUUUGUACGCCAGCUCAAUAUGUACGGCUUCCGCAAAGUAGUCCACAUUGAGCAGGGCGGUCUGGUGAAGCCUGAGAAGGACGACAUGGAAUUCCAGCAUCCCUACUUCAUCCGCGGGCAGGAGCCUCUACUUGAAAAUAUAAAACGGAAAGUUACCAAUGUGUCCAAUGUUAAACAUGAAGACCUCAAGAUGAGCUCAGACGAUGUCUCGAAAAUCCUGACCAACGUGCAGAACAUAAAGGGCAAGCAGGAGACCAUAGACUCCCAAAUCAUCGCCAUGAAGCAUGAGAAUGAAACUCUGUGGAGAGAGGUGGCCAGCCUCCGACAGAAACACGUCCAGCAACAGAAAGUCGUCAACAAGCUCAUCCAGUUCCUAGUGACCCUGGUGCAGUCCAACAGAGUCCUGGGGAUGAAGAGAAAAAUUCCCCUGAUGCUGAACGACAGCAGCUCCGCCCACUCCAUGCCCAAGUACAGCAGGCAGUACUCUCUGGAACACCUUCAGGCCUCGUCCUCUAUCUCUCCCUCGGGCUCCCCAUUCACCAGUACAGGUCUCUUCACGGCGGAGUCGUCACUUAACAACGGCCCCAUUAUCUCAGAUGUCACUGACCUGGCUCAGGCCAGCCAUGUGGAGGUCACCAAUGAGUGGAUGGAGGAAAGCACGAGCCCAUUGGUCCACAUAAAGGAGGAGCCGUCCAGUCACAUGUUGGAGGAGGUGUGUCCUGCUGAGGUUGUGAUCGGGGGGGCAGGGAUCCAGGUUGACACGCCUCUGUCCCCCAUCAACUUCAUCAACUCCAUCCUGCAGGAGAGCAACGAGCCUAAUGCGGCCCCCGCCCCCACGACCCCUACGGAGCAGAAGUGUCUCAGCCUCGCCUGUCUAGACAAGAGUGAGCUCAGUGACCAUUUGGACAGCAUCGACAAUGGCCUGGAAAACCUCCAGACUAUCCUGAAUGCACAGUCCAUCAAUUUUGAGUCCUCACCCUUCUUUGAAUUCUUCAGUUCUUCCCUGCCUGGCUCUGAAUUCGACCUGGAGAGCCUUGACAGUAUCCAGGACUUGCUUUCAUCGGAUCCACCUAAAGGGGCUGAUAGAAGUGACAACUACACCGCAGGGAAGCAGCUUGUCCAGUACACCACCCAGCCAAUGCUACUGACUGACCCAUUGACCAAUGAGAACGGGGGGGCGGACCUCCCCACUCUGCUGGAGGGGGACUUGUAUUUCAGCCAGGACCCUGAAGAGGAACCUACCAUCUCACUCACCUCUGACAUAGCAGCAGCAGACAAGCAAAUUAUCCUGAAGAAACUUUAUAAAAAGGGAUGUACUAGUAUGUUUAAUUUUAUUUUGUCGUGUUCAUGUGCAGAUGACGACAAAUCAACUCGGUUGAAUCCAAAUGAUGGUUUUUCACUAUUCUCUGGGCUAUUGAGCUUCAUUCAUUUCAAGGCUUAAACUUCCUAGUGAAAGAAUUUUGCUUUAGAUUAAUCGAAACAGAAGUUCGAUUUGAUUACUGCAAUGGUUUGUUCAGCUCUUGGAAAUUACUUCCAGGGUUGAAUUAUCUGUGGUCUUAUUGGCGGGCCUUAAAUAAAACUCCCUAAAAGCUUAAUCAUUACCAGGUCAAGUUUUAAGCAUUGAUCACCAAGUUCCUUUAAUGAAUAAAAGUGGAAGUAUUCAGAAUAAUUGUUGUAACACAGGGCAUAGAUCCAUUACAUUACUGUUUCUAGGGAAAAAACACUAAUCUUUUUGUUUCAAUUUUUUCUGUAGAGGGGGGGUAUUUUCUUUUACCUAUUGAUAUAAUGGUAGUACCUUUAUAAUUUUAAGUGUUUUUAAAUAUUUGUACUGCACCAUUAUCUUGAUAUCUUGUGUUUUCUUUGACAUGUUUUCAUUGCAUAAUUCAUAAUGGAAUGCUUUUGGUAUUUCAGCACUUUUAAAGUUAUUGAAGUUUUAAUGAUAGAAUCCUUUAGUUGCUACAUCUAAGCAUUCUAGAAGAAUAUAACUUAGAAAUGCCUCAUGAGCUUAGUUCAACUGCCGUUCCCCAUCAGAACCCCAAAUUAAAAUCUUGUUUUGUUUGUAAACAAUGUAUACUGAACCAAAAUAUAAAUGCAACCGUUUCAAAGAUUUCAUUGGUUGCAGUUCAUAAAAGGGAGCCACUCAAUUGGAAUUAAUUAGGCCUUAAUCUAAGGAUUUCACAUGACUGGGCAGGGGUGUAGCCGUGAAUGGGCCUUGGAGAGUGUAGAGGCCCACCAGAAUACAUUUUUCCCCCAAAAGGGCUUUAUUAGACAGAAAUACUCCUUAGUUUCAUCGGCUGUCUGGGGGACUGGUCUCAGACAAGAAGCCAGACGUAGAGGUCCUGGGCUAGCCUGGUUACACGUGGUCUGCUUUAGUGAGGCCGGUUGUACGUACUGCCAAAUUCUCUAAAAUUACUUUGGAGGUGGCUUAUGGUACAGAAAUUAACAUUCAAUUUUCUUGCAGAAGCUCUGGUGGACAUUCCUGCAUUCAGCAUGCCAAUUGCAGACUCCCUUAAAACUUGUGGCAUUGUGUUGUGACAACUGCCCAUGUUAAAGUGGCAUUUUAUCACCAGCACAAGUUGGACAUGUAUAAUGUUCAUGCUGUUUAAGCAGCUUCUUGAUAUUCAACACCUGUCAGGUGGAUGGAAUAUCUUGGCAAUUUAGAAAUACAGGGAUGUAAACAAAUUUGUGCAGAAAAUGAGAAAAAUAAGCUUUUUGUGUUAUAUGGAACAUUUCUGGGAAAUGUAAUCUCAUUCAACAUGGGACCAACUCUUUACAUAUUGUGUUUAUAUUGUUGUUCAGUGUAAAUGUAAACAAACACUAUAUAGCCUCAAAACAUGGUUGGGUUGUGUUUCGGGGGAUGCAUGGCUCUCGACCUUUGACUCCCGAGUCCGUACGGGAGUCACAGCAAUGAGACUGUAAUUACCAAUUGGAUACCACGAAAUUGGGGGGAAUAACUUAAUUGGGAUCUCUAAUUGGGGUCCUUGCAUCUUCAGCUCUAUGAUGUUGAGAGGUUACAUUUCUCUAGGCCUAUACCUCAGCAUUUUACCAAUACAGAAUCUGUGGGAGGGUGGGGGGGGCUUUAUUGUUUUGAUUAAGGACUCUAGCUUUAAAGUGUAUAUACACCCACUGGCCAGUUUAUUAGGUACAUCCAUCUAAUACCUUGGUCGGACCAUGCGAGCCCCAACAGCACACCUGAUUCAACUUGCCAACUAACCAUCAAGUCCUCUGUGUUGAAUCAGGUGAGAUUCUCUGGAGCAAACGUGUGCUGUUGGUGGUACUGGAGUUGGGGAACACUGUUCUAGUGCAGGGAAUCAGCAGUGCAGUUCUAGGGCAAAUACCAAAACAGGGGGGGGGGGGUUCAGGAAUGCGUUUGAACCCUGUUUUAGUGGAUAACCCUUUUGUUCACAGCAAGUAUUCAUGUCUUGAAAUCAAAUCCAUCGAAUUAAGACUGCUUUUAGGACCCUUUCUGUCUAUGACGAGACGGACAUAAUAUCCCAGAGUGAAUUAUUUGCGAGCCAGCACAUCCCAUUGUGAGUUGCUUUUUGGAAAAUAGUUUAACUUAAGGCAGGAUUACAUGUUUAUCCUCCCUCAAUGUCUACUCAGUCAUAUGGUCCUCAUUUGGAAGCCUGUUUCCUUCAGGCUUUCUUCUUUUUUUUUGUCAAAUCCUUUUCUAGGAAAACAAUUAAAUCUUGGUUCAAGUGUGAGGAACUUUGUUAAAUGUUACUUUUACUGCCCCCGGAGGUCAUUGAGUUUGUUCAAACUAGUUUGUUUUUUUGAUUAAUGCCCAUUGAAACGGAGAAGGGGGAAUUAUUGGAGUGUAUUGAUGUGCGGAAUUUUGUGUUAAGAACUUUUACCAAUUUUACCGUAGCACAAUGUCACAGCCGGAGAAUCCCAAAUUACGCAUGAGAACAAUAUUUUGUAUAUGAUAUGUUUCAAAUAAAAUAAAUGAAUUGUACAUUA